AUGCUGGCAAACGUUCAUGAAGUCUGGGACUAUGUGAAUCCAAAAGGAACCAAGAUUAAUACUAAGCCAAGAUUGGAAUUCCCAGACCCAAAAGACCUCAGACAAGAAGAACGAGCAAACUAUAGCAACGUUAUCAGCUAUGGAAAAGCUAUCUAUCAAGAAGAAAAAGACCAAUACAACCAGGUUCGGCGAAGUCUUCUAGAAAUUCACAGUUGGAUCAUGAACACUGUAGCAGCCACUUAUAUCAGCCAAGUCAGCAAGGAGCAAACAGUCAGGGAUAUCAUAAAAGCUCUUGAAAAACAGCUAGCGCCAGACAACUUUGGGAGACAACAAAUGGUAUUGGAAAGAUAUAACAAGCAUAUGCUAUCAAUCAAAAGAGCAAAACUUGGAGGAUGGCUCAUAAUCUAUCGAGAAAUCAUGGAUGAAGCCCAAACAAUCGGAAUCCCUGCUCUCAGCGAUCCAGUUACUCAAGUCUCUGAGUUCUUGAAAGCAGUCAAGCAAAUUGCACCAGAUUACUACACAUCUGCCUCUUACGACUUCACAAAGCGAUACAAGGAUGACCCAACCUACAGUUCGAUCAGCAAGACUGCUGGAAUUGAGCAAGCUAACGAUUUCCGCAGUUGGGUGAGAACUUUCCACCCAGACUGGCUGAAUGCUGCUCCAUUAAAAGACACGAGUUUCGCUACUUGGCAAGGAGAAAACGAACAAGGAAUAAAACAGGGGGCAAAACGAGAGCAAAAGUGUGCAGCUUGCCCAAACGAAAGUCACCGAUUUGUUGAUUGCAAACAUGCCAACCCUAAGAAGCGAGGCCCAAACUAUCAUGAAGAUAAUCCAGAAAAUAAGAAAGCACUGGAAAGAUUGAAUGAGUAUCUCCAGAAGAAACCACACUUAAAGAGAAUAGUUGAAAAACUACGAAAAGGGGCAAGCGAUCAAAACACUACACAAUCAUCAUCCCACUAUACUCAAGAAGUGUCUGAUGGAGAAGGAUCACUCUCAUCUUUCGUCACUAUCGUCAAUCAAGGAGAAGCAAGUCUCUAUUCAGGAUUCCCACUGUCAGACAGUGUGAUAGUAGACUCAGGAACAGGAUUCCACAUCUGCAACGACUCCUCAAGACUUCAUGAUCUCGACUACACAGUCACAAAAGACUUCACCACUGGAGGAGGAGAUGUACAUGCAAUUGCGAAAGGCACAAUGAUCAUCAAACCAAACCAAGGCGGCAAAUCCAACAACAAGGAGAUCAAAGUCAGAAAUGUAUGGCUUGUGCCUGGAUACCCAACAUCGCUCCUUGGGACAGAACCGCUGAAGCAAAAAGGGAUCAUCUUUACAACAGGAAUACCGGGUCUUAUCGACUCAAAAGGCAGACUUCUAUUCAAAACACCAAACCGAUAUGGUCAAUACAUUAUUGAAGCUGGCCCAGCUCUGCUGAACAAUACCUCGUUCAGCAAUACCGAGAAGACUGUGAGAUUCAGCCCAACCGUAGAAAGGAAACCAACCAAAGGUUUUCAGUCAACAAGACAACCACUCCCAACAUCAUCAGCAGAAGCCAAGUUGUGGCAUGAGAGACUUGGUCAUCCAGGCGCUGAGGGACUGGAACAGCUACUUAAAACAGCUCUUGGGAUACAGAUAAAAGGAAUCACAAAAGUGGAAUGUGAUGCCUGUGCUGUUGGGAAGGCAACUCGCCAAAUUUCCCGCAGAAACCCAGACCAUUGGCCAACUGCUGUAGGAGAUUAUCUAUCUCUCGACUUCUUUACACUUAGCAAAGCAUACAAUGGGGAGAAGGUAAUCCUGCUGGUCAGCGAUGGCUGGUCAGGGUUCUUCUGGAUAAGAACUCUUCGUACUCGAAAGGAGGGACUACAAGCUAUGACAGAAUUAGCAGCAUACCUCGAGAGACAGUGCUUUAUCAAAAUCUCUAUUCUACGCCUAGAUUGGGAGGUUGCUUUACGCAAUGCGUUUGAACUAUGGGCAGCUGUGAAUGGAUAUAUGAUUGAAAGAUCAGCUGAGUACACUGGUGCUCAAAACCCAGCAGAAAGAGCUGGAGGUGCUGUGUUUAUGAUCAUGAGAGCACUUCGAUUUCAAUCUCGCUUUCCUGAAUUGAUGGCACCAGAGCUGGCAAAAGCAGCAGUUUAUCUGUCAAACAGAUUGCCUCGAAGACGCCACAAGUGGCAGACACCAUUGGGGUUGGUCAACACUUGGCUGAACUCUCAUCAACAGUCUACCCACAAGAGGGCUGAAAAGCCACAACUAGCACACUUGAGGCGAUAUGGCUGCAGAGCUUACCCCUUGACACAAAACUACAAGAGAGGAAUAGAAAAGUCAAACAAAACUGCGCCAAGAGCUCAUAUUGGCUAUCUAUAUGGUUAUGACAGCACAAAUAUCUACAGAAUCUGGAUCCCAGCAAUAGGAAAAGUCAUGAGAACUAGAGACGUUACUUUCGACGAAAACACGCUGUAUGAUCCAAGGAUUGAGGAUACCAGCAAGUUAAGCCAAAUGGAACUUGAAUUCCAGUUCACAGAAAUGGAUAUCCCAUUCACAAAUCCAAUUGAACAAGACCUAGACACAGCUGGCUGGGAUGGAGAAGAUUUCAGCGAUAAUAUUACCGGGCCACUACCCGCCUCGAAUCCAGCCGCUCAAGAAACAACACCGGCAACACCGAUGCAGGAGAAAGAAUCAGGGGAUUUUCAAUUACCUACACCCACUUCUCUAUCACCAACAGUACAGCUGUCAGAUUCUCAAACAACUGAGGGGGUGAGGGAGACUCCAGAAACUCCAGAAGUAUCGCCAACUCCAGAACAAUCGGAUCAAAGUGAGACCAUAGAGGAAACCUCAACAGACCGACUCGAACUACAACAGACACCAGUCAUAGAAUUGGAACCAGAAGAAAUCAUACCACAAGAUUCCUCCACAGUAAUCCCAAACAUAGCGAGAAGGGGAAGACCUCGUGGCAGCAGAAAUCACAACAUCUACAAUCGAUCAGCCCCUCUUGGUCAAACAAAUCAACAGCCACCAGAAGCAACAAGAUCAUCACAAAGACUGAGAAGAGCAAGAGAAUCCCACUUCACACUGCAAUCUACGGAUACAGUAAAAGGAAGAGAUCAAUGGGAUGCAUCAGCAGAUGAUUUAGGCAAUCCACACCAAAAGACACUUCCACCAGUUCCAAAGAAUUACAGUGAAGCGAUCAAACACCAAUACAGUCACAAAUGGAUUGCUGCAAUGAAUAUUGAGAACAGAUCACUAUGGCAAAUGGGCACGUUUGAAAUGAUUGAUCUUGGCAAUAUUGAUCAAGACACUCAGCGAAUUAUCCCAUUGAAGUAG